AUGCCUUGCAAACGCGACUUGACGCCGGGAAUGUUUUUGAUCAAGACCAACGAAGCAAAAAUAUCCAAUUCUUUUCUCAACGCAACAUUCAACGAUUUGCCGGACGAUCCAGUUGGAGUAAACAAGAUACCUUUCAAUCCCACCUUGUUUCUCUUCAACGAUUCCACAGCCUCGGCAACCCCGGUACCCUUGUCCAAACCAGAAACAUCAACAGUUUCCCAUUCGAUGGGGACGUUUUCCGACUUGAAAAUGGUCUUGACGGAAUCGGUGAUUUCCUUACCAAUACCAUCUCCUGGAAUGAGGGUGACGGUGUACUUGCCCCCGUACUUCUUGGGCAACACCGCUUCCGGCGAUGCAAACGUAGCCAAGCUACGAACUGAUGACUUGAAGUUAGUAGAAAUUCGGGGGUGGGAGACUCCGAGCUCCGAAAUGCAAGAGAAGCACUUUUUGAAAAGGGUGCACAAUUGUAUAGUGGGAUAUGAAGCCACGCGACUUCUGUUGUUCAAUUGCUUUGCGCGUUAA